UUUUUUCCACGGUGUUUUGACGUCAAAGGACCUUGAAAAAUGUAGAUAAGAGGUUUUAAAUCCCCGUGGAUGUAGAGAAUCCAUACAGUUGCUGAUCAAACCAACUGAAGGCAUGGAGCUCUUUGUUCUCCUGGCACUCAUCACAGGGUCAGUUGCCCUGGAGGGAGAUGACAAAAUUGUGGGCGGGUACGAGUGCAGGAAAAACUCCGUUCCCUACCAGGUGUCGCUCUUCACUGGGUACAACUAUUGCGGUGGGACCCUUUUGUCUGACAAGUGGGUUCUCUCCGCCGCACACUGCACAUCAAAGUCAAAUGUAGAACUGCGUCUCGGGGAACAUGACAUCUGGGAGCCUGAAGGAACCGAACAGCACAUCAUGUCUGCUGAAUUUAUUCGGCAUCCCAACUACAAUCCCCGCUCACUGGACAAUGACAUCAUGCUCAUCAAACUGAGUCAACCUGCCAAACUCAACAGCUACGUGCAGCCGGCCACUCUCCCUUCAGAGUGUGCCACCGAGGGGACGAUGUGCAAGAUCUCUGGGUGGGGGAGUCUCCGUCCCAGUGACGAGGGCUCAAGGUACCCUUCAAAGUUACAGUGUCUGGACGCCCCACUGCUGAGUGACGACACCUGCUUCAAUUCAUACCCUUUCCAAAUCACUGACAACAUGAUCUGUGCUGGAUAUUUGGAGGGAGAAAAGGACUCUUGUCAGGGUGACUCCGGUGGUCCUAUGGUGUGUGGUGGAGAGCUCCAGGGAGUCGUGUCUUGGGGACAAGGCUGCGCUCUGAGAAACAAGCCUGGGGUCUACGCCAAGGUCUGCAACUACACCUCAUGGAUCAAGAACACAAUGGCAUCUGGAUGAGCAGUAAAGACGUGAACAGAGCCGCGUUCAGUAAAGUACUUUUCAAGAUGA